CAUCUCGCAACGCUUCCUUUGGUAACAUAACAAACUGAUUGCAGUCGGCACUUGUCAAAGUUAAGAACUUUGCCAUUUCAAAUUUCAAAAAGUACAGCGCAAAAUUUCAAUGAUGAGUUCGAUCUUGGUCUCAAGAUUAUGUUGCUCGCCAAGCUUGCGGUUGGCCGCAGCCAGAUACGCUCCCAAAAACAACAUCAUUGUCCGCAACUUUACAAGAAAUGAGCGUGACACUAUCCAGAAGACUGCUAGGAAGCCAACUUUGAAAGAGAAGUUGAUGGCCCCAGCUGGGGACUCUGCUUUCAAAAUUGGAAAAGGAGCCCUAGCUGGUGGUGCAGCACUUGGAAUUGGAGCUCUAUGUUUCUAUGGAUUAGGUUUGUCCAAUCAGGCUGGAGCCUUAGAAAAAUCAGCAAUCUGGCCUCAAUUUGUGAUGGAUCGAAUUAAACAAACCUAUUUGUAUUUUGGUGGAUCAAUUGCAAUUACAGCUGCUGCAGCAUUAGCUUCAUUUAGAAGUCCAGCCAUUAUGAGACUAGUCACUUCUAAUGGGCCUAUGGGAUUCUUUGUGAGCAUUGCAGCAAUCAUGGGUACUGGAAUUUUAUGCCAAAGUAUUGACUACUCCCAAGGCUUUGGCCCAAAGCAAAUGGCUUGGUUAUUGCAUGCUGGAACCAUGGGAGCUGUCUUGGCUCCUAUGUGUUAUCUUGGAGGUCCUUUAUUGAUGACAGCUGCUUGGUAUACAGUUGGAGUAGUUGGUGGACUCAGCACUAUUGCUGUUUGUGCCCCAAGUGAGAAGUUCUUAAUGAUGGGAGGUCCUUUGGCUAUGGGAUUAGGGGUUGUAUUUGCUUCCUCAAUUGGUAGUGCCUUCUUGCCAGCAACUUCAGCCUUGGGUGCAGGAUUAUACUCAGUUUCGCUCUACGGAGGUUUAUUACUGUUCUCCGCUUUCCUCUUAUAUGACACCCAAAGGAUAAUCGCCCAAGCUGAAAGAUAUCCCACCUCACCAGCACUCUAUGGAGUCCGGCCAUACGACCCAAUUAACUCUGCUCUUUCCAUCUACAUGGAUACUUUGAACAUAUUUAUCCGCAUUGUAUCCAUUAUGACUGGAGCAGGUGGAAACAGAAAACGAUAGAUCAACUAAUUAUUUUAUGAUAACCUAAGUUAUAUGAAUAAAGUUUUUUUUAAUUAUU